AUGAAUGUGGAGGGCAUGUGGUUUCAACAAGACGGCGCCAAAUGUCAUACAGCCAGAGAAACAAUUCAAUUGCUGCAUCAGUCAUUUCCCGGUCGUGUUAUUUCGCGUUUUGGAGACCAGAAUUGGCCGCCUAGAUCGUGCGAUUUAACACCUUUAGAUUUUUUUCUUUGGGGUUUUUUGAAGUCAAUGGUUUACGCGAAUAAGCCGACGACGACUCAAGCCUUAAAAGAGGAAAUUGGACGCUGCAUUAAUGAAAUACCGCAGCAUUUAUGCAAAAAGGUCAUUGAAAAUUUCAUUAAAAGAUCGCGUGUGUGCCAGCAAAGCCGUGGCGUCCAUCUGCACGAUAUCUUGUUCCAUACAUAA